ACAGGAAAAAGGGAACACCUACCCCUAAGCUUACACCUGACUGGCUGGUCUUGGCGCGUCACUGCCAGCUGAGGGCAGAGCUCUAUCCCGCAGCUCUCCUCCGAGAUGGCGGCACUGUCAGUGUGUGGCGUUACCAGAAGAGGUCUCACGUGGAUCGUCUUAGGGGCACCCCGCAGAGCAUUUUGGUCUCGAUUCAGAAAAGAGAAAAAGCCAGUGGUGGCUGAGACAGUAGAAGAGGUGAAGAAAGAGCCUGUUAUGGUGUGUCCACCCUUACGAAGCCGAACAUACAUACCACCUGAAGAUCUCCAGAGUCGUGUGGAAUCUUGUGUCAAAGAAGUUUUUGGCUCAUCUGUUCCUAGCAAUUGGCAGGAUGUGUCCCUGGAAGAUGGUCAUCUGAAAUUUGGUUUGUUGGCACGUUUAGCUGAUGACUUGGGCCAUGCAGUGCCCAACUCCAGGCUUCACCAGAUGUGUAGGGUCAGAGAUGUUCUUGAUUUCUAUAAUGUGCCUAUCUAUGAUAGAUCUAAAUUUGAUGAACUUAUUGCCAGUAAUCUGCCUCCCAAUUUAAAAAUCACUUGGGGUUACUGAGCAGUUCAGAAGAGGAAAUGUUGAAAUCAUUUGUCCUGAGCAAGGGGUUGGUUAUUAGAUUUGAUACUUUACCAUGUAAAAUGAUCAGAACUGUUCUCUAAACCCACUUUUUCUGUGGAAGAAUUAACAGCAGGAUUUUCUUUUUUCACAUUUGUUGAAAUUUUGUUGUUUUUUUAAUGGAAUCAGAUCAUUAAUCAUGUAUGAAAAUUUCCUUCUCUGGAGGACACAGUAAUUAAACUUGUUCUUUAGAUAUGAGGCUAUUAUAUGUUCAGACGUGACCUUUAUUCUUCAUAGGCAUAAAAUAAUAGAUGUGAAAACAUGUUUUAAUCCUGUUAGGGCUCUUAAAUCUAAGGUGGUAUUAUGUAUAGUACAAAUACAAAUAGGAAACUUGGAUAAAAGAAAUGUAAAAAUCUAUGUUGUUUAUUAUAGCAAGUUGUUUCUUUCACUGCUUUUCUACACAAGUAGAAAUAGUAGAAAAUGAUAGUGUUCAUUCUAGAUUAAUAUCUUUUGGAAUUAAAGUACAUUUUUUGAAGAGUGUUGUGUGUUCUUGAUGUUUUUAAAGGUGAAAUUUGCUUCUCUGCCCUGUCAUUUCCUUAAGUAUUAUAAAUGAAAAAAAUUAGAGUAUAUGCCAACUGUGAAGUGCUGUGACUUUCUUUAAAUAAGAGAUAUGCCAGAUUCUAUGUCUAAGUGAAUACUCUCUUUAAAGGAGAUGAUUAUUUCAACCUUUUAUCUUUUCUGUCACUUUUUUUUGAGAGAGAGAGAGGGAGCAUGCACUCGAGUGGGGCAGGGGACGGGGUGCAGAGGAAGAGAGAGAGAAAAUCUUAAGCAGGCUUCACACUCAGCGUGGAGCCAUGAUGCAGGGCUCAAUCUCAUGAUCUGAGCUGAAAUCAGGAGUUGGCCACUUAACUGAGUAACUCAGGCACCCCCUUUUCUGUAACUUUAAAAGUGGUUUUGAAUACCUAUGGAUGUCCACUAGGGUGGUAUUUGUAGACUUUGGUGUAGAUACUCAAUUUGUGGGAAUUACUCAAAUAGCUAGUUACCAGAUAGUUCUGAACUACAGAUGUUAAAUGAAGAAGUGAUUAAAUUAGGAAUUAUUUUUGUUUAGACUUUAGAUAUGGCUAGAGAGUAGUAAGACAGAGAAGGAAUUUCGUGUAUAUUAUCCUGACUAUUUAAUAGUUCUGGAAGAAAAGUGAUAGUUUUUAUACAAAGGAAAUUGCAUGUAUUCUCUUUUCCAGGGUGACUACUUUGAAGAGGGCAAAAAUCAGGUGGGUGUAUAAAUUCUGGCAUAUUAAUAAAAUCGGUUACAUUGUAGUUGUACCCUAUAAAUGUCAUCAGCAGACAAUCAGAUUUUUAAUAAUCUGUACAUUAAAGAUCUUAAGUUUCUGAAGUCCUGGAGCUUAAAUAUCAGGGCUGAUACAUUCCUUCUAUGUGAGAAGGUUUCAGUAUGGAAAUAGUUGAAUUUAACUUACAGGAUUUGAUUAUCUCAUUUCCCACACAACUUUUACUUCUGAUCUGGAAACACAGAAAAAUGUGCAAAGGGCAUGAUGGAAGUAAUAGAUGCUAAAGGGAAUGUGGAAAAACACUUGGUUUCACCUGGAGAACUGCAAAACCAGGCUUCAUAUGGGUGUAAAGGCAGAAGAAAUUACUUCUUUGUAACCUGGAGCAGUGUUUCUCAAAAUUUAAUGCACAUAUGAAUUACUUGGAGAUCUUUUUAAAAUGCAGAUUCUGAUUACAUAGGUCAAGAGUGGGUCCUGAACUUCUGUAUGUCGAAAAAGCUCCUAGGCAAUGCUGUUCAUGUUUUGAGUAACAGGGCCCUAGACCCUAGUAUUAAAGUGGGAAAGUACCAUCCCUGAAGCAGCGGUCCUGGAAAGUUGAGCUAGUGGACAAGAUAAACUGCACAUCCAUCAAUAACUAGAAGGUGUCACUGUUUGACAGUCCAAUACAAUAAAUCUAUCAGAAUAAUGAGCUUUAGUUUUCCUGAAAAGGUUACAUUGGGUUUGCUAACUUGUUUACUGAGGUAACCAAGCAUGGUGUAAUUAUAAAUGGUUUACAUUUAAAAAAAUUAGUGAUUGCUGUAUAAAAGAGUUCUCAAUUAUUGUUAGCUGGGCCUUUGAACUCAGUAAAUAUACUUACAUAAAACCUGGUAAUAAAAUAUUCAGGGUUGGGGCGCCUGGGUGGCUCAGUAAGCGACUGCCUUCAGCUCAGGUCAUGAUCCCAGGGUCCUGGGAUCGAGUCCCGCAUCGGGUUCCCUGCUCUGCGGGGAGCCUGCUUCUCCCUCUCCCACUCCCCCUGCUUGUGUUCCCUCUCUCGCUGUGUCUCUCUCUGUCAAAUAAAUAAAUAAAAUCUUUAAAUAAAAAUAAAAUAUUCAGGGUUAAUAGAAAUAGAUUUGCAGAGACAGUAUGUAUUUUAAGCCACAUAAAUAGACUUCUUUUUUAUUUUAACAUCAUUUUUCUGAUUAUAAAAGCACAUUUUUAAAAAUUUGGGAAAGACAACAAAUACCAUUUUUGUCUUACUACUCAGAUAAUCACUAAACAGACUGGCGUAUUUCCAAAUGAAAAGAAACUUUUUUCCUGUAUUUUAAAAUUUACUGUCAUAUUGUCCUGUUCCCUUCACUCUGUGAGUGUUUCUACUUAUUUUAAGGUAGUCUUGGGGCACCUGGGUGGCUCAGUUGUUAAGCGUCUGCCAGCUCAGGUCGUGAUCCCAGAGUCCUGGGAUCGAGCUCCGCAUCGGGCUCCCUGCUCAGUGGGUAGCCUGCCUCUCCCUCUCCCACUCGCCCUGCUUGUGUUCCCUUUCUCGCUGUGUGUCUCUCUCUGUCAAAUAAAUAAAAUCUUUAAGAUAGUCUUAAGAGUAACAAAUUUGACUAAUAACAUACUCCAUAACUGGAUGUUAGGUACAGUAGUCCCUUCUUAACCAUGGGGGGGGAUACAUUUCAAGGUCCCCAGUGGAUGCCUGAAACCCUGGAUAGUAUUGAACCCUAUAUAUGCUAUAUUUUUUCCUAUACAUUCAGACCUAUGAUAGUUUAGGCACAGUAAGAAAUUAACAAUAACUAAUAGUAAAUAGAACCAUUUUAACAAUAUGCUGUAAUGAAAGUUAUGUGAAGGUGAUCUUUCAAAAUAUUGUAUUAUAUUCACCCUUCUUAUGAUGAUGUGAGAUGAUAAAAUGCCUAUUUGUGAUGAGAUGAAGUGCGGUGAAUAACGUGAUGUAGAAUUAGGCUGCUGUUGACCUGAUUUACAUCAGAAGGAGGGUUGUCUGCUUCCUAAUGGGGGUUGACCACAGGUAACUCAAACUGGAAAGUGAAAUUAAGGGUGGGGAGGACCACUGUAAUUUUUCAACCAAUAUGCUAUUACUCGCUUCGGCAGCACAUAUACUAAAAUUGGAUAUUUAAGUUAUUGCCAGUUUUUUCCUUUUAUUUGUUAAAAUCUGGCUUUUUUAGUUCUUUGAGUAUUGGUCUGCCAUAAAACUCAUCAGAAGUGGAAGUCGUUCCACUGUAAAUUUCUUGACCUUGAACCUAGGAAUGGGCAACUUGGUCCUGCUUCUUUGUUUUUUCGUUUUGUAAAUACUAAUCUCAAGUCAGACUUUUGGCAAUAUUUUUUUUAAGCAAGCUCUACACCCAAGGUGGGGCUUGAACUCAUGACCCUAAGAUUAAGAUUCAUAUGCUCUCCUGACUGAGGCAGCCAGACACCCCUGUCCUACUUCUUUGAUUUGUAAUCCCACUAGCAUGUGUUCUGUGUAUCCUAGAGGAUUAAAUGACAGGUAGCUUGAACUCAGUCAUACCUGCACACAUGAACUUAAUCUUAUCUGCAGUUAUUUUUCUAUCUUAUUUUUGCUAGGUUAUUUCACAGUGCAAAAGUCCUAAAAUUUUUACGUGAAUGAUUUCUAAGUUCAAAAGUAGUCUCAACUUCUGAGUCAGCAGAAUUCCAAUGUUGGUUGUACAGUAGCAAACUCAGGAAAUUAUUAAAUUCAAAAUAUUUAACACUGAUGUAACACUAAUCAUACAUUGUUCAUAUUCAAAUUUCACUGAUGUCCGAGAAAUGACCUUCAUAGUAAUUUCACCCCCUGAUGCAGGAUGGAAUCUUGGUUCAUGCUUUGCAUUUUUGUUCUCACCUUUACUUAAUCUCCUUUACUUUGAAACAGUUCUUCAUUAAAUUGUAUUUUACAAGGAAUUUAUUCAUUUCAUCUAAGUUGAUGAAUUAGUUGGCAUACAAUUGUUCAUAAUCUUUUAUUUUUCUUUUAAUGUCUAUUGGAUCUGCAAUGAUAAUCCCUGUUUCAUUUUGGGUAUUUGUUAUUUUAUUCUUUUUAUUUGAUCAGUCUGGCUUGUAGUUUAUCAAUUUUGCCGGUCUUCUCAAAGAACCAAAUUUGUCUUUGUUAAUUUCUUUCUAUUGUUUAUUUUCUAUUUCAUGGAUAAUAUAUUUUUCUUAUUUCCUUCCUUCUACUUACUUUGGGUUUACUUUCCUCUUUUUUUUUUUUUUUUCCUAGCUUCUUAAGGUAAAGACUUGGGCCAUUGAUUUUAGAUGCUUUUCCAAUAUAAGUCACUAAAAUUAUAAAUUUCCCUUUUUUAGCUUUAGCUUCAUCCUACAAAUAUUUUCAUUUUGUACUUCCAUUAUCACUCAGUUUAAAAUAUUUUCUAAUUUCUGAUGUGAUUUCUUCCUUGAUCCAUGGAUUAUUAGAAGUGUGUUUGAUUUUAAAUAUUUGGGCAUAAAUAAGGAAUAAGAUAUUCUACAUAUUUUAUUCAAUUCUAAUUUAAUUCCAUUAUGGUCAGAGAACAUACUCUGAUUUCAGCAUUUUUGCAUUAUUAAGAUUAACUUUAUGUCGCAGUUUAUGGCUUAUCUUGUUGAAUAUACCAUGUGUGCUUGAAGUUGUUGGGUUUAAUGUUCUAUAAAUAGCAAUUAGGUGAAGGUCAUUGAUAGUGUUGUUUAAAUUUAUGUCUUUACUGUUUUCGGCAAGUUAUUCUAUCAGUUGCUGAGACAGGAAUGUUAAAAUCUUAACCAUGACUAUGGAAUUAUUUAUUUCUCUCUUUAAUUCUGUCAAAUUUUGCUCCAUAUAUUUUGAAAUCCAUUAUUAGGAUUUAUGAUUUUUAUGAACUUGUCAUUAUUUUUUUAUUUCUGUUAAUACUCUUGAUAUUGAAAUGUAAUUCAUCUGAUAUUAAUAAAGCCACUUUGGGUUCCUUAUG